AUGUCCACUUCCCGUGAAGAUUCCGUUUACUUAGCCAAGUUGGCUGAACAAGCAGAAAGAUAUGAAGAAAUGGUUGAAAACAUGAAGGCUGUUUCAUCUUCUGGUCAAGAACUAUCCAUUGAAGAAAGAAAUCUUUUAUCUGUUGCUUACAAGAAUGUCAUUGGUGCAAGAAGAGCAUCCUGGAGAAUUGUUUCUUCAAUUGAACAAAAGGAAGAACAAAAGGGCAAUGAAGCUCAAGUCAAACUUAUAAGAGAUUACAGGGGCAAAAUUGAACUAGAAUUAACUAACAUUUGUGAUGAUAUUCUUAAUGUAUUAAAUGAACAUUUGAUUCCAACUGCACAAUCUGGUGAAUCUAAAGUUUUCUACUAUAAGAUGAAAGGUGACUAUCACAGAUAUCUGGCUGAAUUUGCUGUUGCUGACAAAAGACAAGCAGCAGCAGAUGCUUCAUUGGAAGCUUAUAAGGCAGCAUCCGAAGUCGCAGUUACUGAAUUACCUCCAACUCAUCCAAUUAGACUAGGUUUGGCUUUGAACUUUUCUGUCUUUUAUUAUGAAAUUUUGAAUUCCCCAGACAAGGCAUGUCACUUGGCAAAGCAGGCAUUUGAUGAUGCAAUUGCUGAAUUAGAUACUUUAUCUGAAGAAUCAUAUAAAGAUUCUACCUUAAUCAUGCAAUUACUUAGAGAUAAUUUAACUUUAUGGACUUCUGAUAUGUCAGAAGCAAGUCAAGAAGAAAAUACUGCUUCAAAUGAAAAACAAGAUGAAUAA